CACACUCUGCGUUGUCUUUGUAAUGUAUUCUCUGAUUCUCCAUGGAAGAAAGUUGGUCCAGUUUCAGAAAUGGCGUCACUUGAGGGUUUCGGUGAAUCUUUAUCAAGAUGGAUCUGCUUUUUCCAAUUCCUUCUCCUCCGCUGCUAGUGCUUCUGAUGUGAGUCCUAGAGUUGGUCGAAAAGGAAACAACUUUACAGUCUCUUACCUCGUUGAUUCAUUGGGUUUACCUAACAAGCUCGCAGAAUCUAUUUCAAGGAAAGUCAGCUUCGAGGACAAGGGCAAUCCUGAUUCUGUUCUGAGUCUUUUGAGAAGUCAUGGGUUCACAGAUUCUCAGAUCUCAAGCAUCAUUACGGAUUAUCCAGUAUUGCUUAUAGCUGAUGCUGACAAAUCACUUGGUCCCAAGCUUCAGUUUUUGCAGUCCAGAGGAGCUUCAAGCUCUGAGCUCACUGAGAUUGUUUCUGCAGUUCCGAAAAUCUUGGGAAAGAAAGAGGGAAAAUCUAUCAGCGCAUACUAUGAUUUCGUCAAAGUCAUUAUAGAAGCAGAUAAGAGUUCCAAUAUGGGAAGGAUAUGUCAUUCUUUGCCAGAGGGUAGUAAGCAGGAGAAUAAAAUUAGAAAUGUUUUGGUUUUGAGAGAAUUGGGGGUACCUCAGAGGGUUUUAUUCUCAUUGCUUCUAUCCGAUGGCAGACAUGUUUGUGGAAAAGAAAAAUUUAAAGAAUCACUCAAGAAGGUAGUUAAGAUUGGUUUUGAUCCAACCACCUCAAUGUUUGUCGAAGCUCUCAAGGUUCUUUACACAUUGAGCGACAAAGGAAUUGAAAGUAAAUUCAAUGCCUUUAAAAGGUUAGGCUUGGCUGUGGGCGAUGUAUGGGCAAUGUUCAAGAAUUGGCCAAACAUUCUACAGUCUGAGAAGAAGAUAGAGAACUCCAUUGAAACAUUUCUAGGUCUAGGAUUCAGCAGAGAUGAGUUUUUGAUGAUGGUCAAGCGGUUUCCUCAGUGCAUUGGAUAUUCGACAGAGUAUUUGGUGAAGGAGAUGAAUUGGCCACUUAAGGCUGUGGCUUCAAUCCCUCAGGUACUUGGAUACAGCCUAGAGAAGAGGACUGUCCCAAGGUGUAAUGUAAUCAAAGUUCUCAUCUCAAAAGGAUUGUUCGGAAGUGAACUCCCUCCAAUAUCAUCUGUUUUGACAAGUCCUAGGGAGAAGUUUUUAAAUUGUUAUGUUAGGAAACAUGAUGACAAGCAGCUUGUUGCUGAGUUGUUGGUUAUCUUCACUGGAGAUAGUGUUUCACUCACCGAUCAGAAGACACGCCUAGAACAAUGAGCAAUGUUAAGGAUUGUUUUUUGCUUUCUUUUAGGUUUAGUAGAUUCAUUAGUGAAUCUUGAUGCUUGACUGUGGGAAGUAGAGAAUAGCUUUUGUGUACGAGUGUCUGAAACCCAUUUAGACUUUUGUAAUCUUAAGUUGACCCGGAUCCAACCCUUUUCCUUCUAUUAUGGUAUCCGUUUGGGACAAUAACGAAUUGUAAAUUUGAAUCUCUUUGUUUUUGGAGUCCUUUUAACUCUU